AUAUUUUCGCGAUUCGCAGCGCGAAUUACGUCGCGAAAAGUCCACGGCGAUUUCCUGCAACUCGGAAAGUGCGCGACUCCCGACGUUUCGUUUUCUUCGCCGUUUUUCGCGAUAAUAAUUUCGGUGGCCACGGCCGGUUUCGUGUUUGGGUCAAACGUGGGCGAUAAUAGACUGUAAAACAUGGGAAGUUGCGAGGAUUACCUGCUGAAGCGUUGCUGCUGUUGCGGCUCUCUUCGUACUGGCACCCUGUUCGCGGGUUUCGCUUCGGUGAUAUUAUCUAUCUUUACGAUCCUCGUCAUAGUGCUGAAAAUGUUGGACAUCAUCAACGUCGAGUUGCGGAUGAUCAUUCUGGAUUCUUUCUUGUCAGAAUUCGCCAUCGAGAUCAUCCUUAUAGUGAAUCUCUGCGUCACCAUCAUCCUUUCAAUACUCCUGAUAGUGGGCACAAUAAAGCGCAACUUUUACAUAAUGAUGCCGUGGGUGGUACUGGGAGGAAUGCUCAUCAUCGGCCUCCUGGUCUCCGUCUUGAUUACCAGCAUCAAUUUCUACACCAGCGAUGACUCCUUCAACGGCACCCUGUGGUUGGUCAUCGGCUUGAUCGCUUUCGUACUGUAUUCGUACAUGUGGUACGUGGCGUUCAGCUUCUUCUACCAGAUCUACCAGGAGGCGAGGAGAGGCGCCUACACCAAGGACCCCUUCCGGAGGAAAUACUAAAUUACGCCAUCGUCUGCCAUACCCAUCGAGAAGGUUGUAGAGUUUAGAAUUGUUUUUGCCAUAAGAACUGUGUUCUAGUCGAUUCGAGGAGGUACUGUUGUCGCCCCAUUUUUAAUGAUUUUUUCCCCACGGAUAUUUUAUUUUUCUAUGUGACGUAACUCAUAUACUAAUUUAAAUUAAAAAAUGUGUUUGUAGAGGGCGAGUUUUAUUAAUAGUGGUACUUAAAUUUAGCACAGUUUGACUUGGGAUUGGGAUUUCGAAAAAAGUAAAAGAGACGGGCUAAAGUUGUAAAACUUUAAAUCCUAUUGUUAGCGAGAAGGACGAAGACAUUUGCGCUACAAAAAACAUAGAAUGGAGAAUAAUAAAUGGCCUUUGCCACAUCACAAUAAACCAGGCAUACAUCCGUCAAAACGUACCGACGCAAUACGAAUAUAUACAGGUUCUCCAGCAAACGAAAAUCUUCUCGGUAAAGAGGCAUUAUUUAAUAUGCCACAAUUUUUUUAUAAUACCCCAGCGCCGGGCGUACGAAAUUUCACCUGUCAAUUUUGGCAGAAAUUGAUGGUACGCCACUGAUUUCUUUUAAAAUUACAAUUAUUCUUAAAAUGACAUUUAUCAAGACCAUUAUUAUUUCUUUCUUAAGUAAUUGUCUAUCUGUUUUAUUAAAAUACUUCAAGAAAUUGAAGUACGAAGUGCAUUUUUCAAAUCUUUAUCAUUAUUUCUUUUCAUUGUAGUAGUCUGCGCUUUUCUAAUAGAGUCAAACCAGAUAUGCGAACAUUACAUGGGUACGCACGGUAGUGCGUUCAAUUUAUCUUGAAACCAUUUUAAUUGGCUGUAUCUUUUUUGCUUUUAGGGAUAUCAAGGUAAUCAAAAAGCAAAAUGUCGGGCUAGUAGUCAAGUGAAGUAUAAAAGAAAACCCUAUCAAUAUUUUAGUCCAUUCGUUUUUGACAAAUCGGCAAAAAUAGGAAACUUCGUAAAACUCAAAAACUAAAUGCAAAACAAUGUCAAAGGAGGAUGCAGUUUUGUUUGAAUUUUUUUAAAUGGACAUAACAGAAAUGGUUAUUUAAAUAAUCCCAGACAAAUACACGAAAUAAAAACCCAGGGGUACCAAUCAAUUGCGGCAGUCAGUCACGGCACUUUUUGAAAUUGUAUAAAAAUUUCCUAUUUUUGCGGAUUUGUCAAAAACAAAUGGACUAAAAUGGAAAAAGAUAUUCUAUUAAACACAUAUAAUAUACAGGGUGUUCCAUUUAAAAAUACAUGAUGAUAUGUCAACAAAUUGUUUUAUACGUCACUUGGAAAAAAACUUGGCUACCAGCCCUACAUUUUGUUAUCAAGAUAAAUUGAACGCACGGUACAUGGAAGGUUGUCUGGAAGAGAUACUUUGAUGGCAAAUAAUCGUUUAAAAGGGGCCCAUCGAGCCGUAAGAACUCCAGAAAUUGAAGAAGCAGCUUUAAAUUCUAUUGCUGAAAAUCCUGAACUCAGUACUAGUAGAUACUGAUUAGAAAUAAUCUGAAUAUCUCACACGUCUUAAUUUUGAAAAUUUCUGGUUAUCCCUAAUGUCUGUACUGUACUAGCAUCUAUUCCACUCAAAAAUGCCAUUGUAGCAAAAAUUGCUUGUAGUAUUCUGAGCAAAAUACAAUUUUUGUGAUUCCGCUGCGGUUGUCGACGUUCGUCAAUACUACAGCUUCAUCACAAAAAAAUGAUUUUUGCUUUCAAUAUAAUAAUAUGCUAUUGUUAUAUCAUUGAAUUACCGAGCGGCUUUCGGAUUUUCGGAAAAUAUUGUACAAACAGAUACAAUUGUUCAAAUGUAAAUUUGAAUAAUGUUUCACAAGAGCAAACACUUCAAAAUGGAUUUACGAAAGGAGGAAAUAAGAAUUGUUUACAGAAUACUUUACUUCAGAAACGGCAUGGCAAAACAAAAAGAUAUAGGAUAUAAAAGUAAUGCUCGCAUAGAAUAGAUUAAUGUUUGUAUAAUUUAAACACUGUUCUUCUACUGUAAUUUACAUGACAUAACAUAAUUCUUAACGUUCGUACUAUUUUUUAAUA